AUGGCCAGCUUCAUGUCCAACAUGCUCUCCGGUGGAGGCAAGGAUGCUAACAACUCCAACGCCAACGCCAACAGCAGCAGGCUGGACCUUGGUCGCCCCUCGACGCCCAUUAGUAGGAACAGCUUCAUCGAGCCGGCCAACACCCCCAAGGGCAGCCCCAGCAAGAGGACCGCGCCCCCGGGUGCCCGAGAACUGCCCCAGGCUUUCGAGAGCCACCUCAAGCUCAACGCCGCCACCACUCUCGACAGUCCCAUCAAGCUCGGCCGUCCUCAAUCCGUCAUCACCCCGCUGUCUCCCACCAAGCUCAGCAAUGCCCAGUCAUACGACCCCUUUGACGCCGAAUCCACAACAAAUACCCUUGUUGAUGAUAGCAUCCUCCAGAGAGGGACCCCCACCACCCCGCUCAAGCACCAGGGCCAGGAGAACACCCCUCCGACCGCCUCCAAGAUACCCAUCUCUCACAACCAUGCCGCUCAGUCGAGACAGGAAUUGUACAGCAGUCCGCGUGCGCCUCCUCCGGGCAAGAAGUUCGACACGUCCCGCGGUCUCACAGACGAGGAGCGAGCUGUUCUGGAGAAGCCCAAUGUGAGGCGUCUGGUCAAUGUGACACAGCUUUACUUCCUCGACUACUAUUUUGAUCUUCUGAGCUAUGCCGGCAACCGCCAGGGCCGCCUCAAUGCCUUCCGCGCCGAAUACCCUGAACCUCCCGAGACCGAUGAGGAGACCUACAAGCAGAUGUGGAGCAAGUACACCGGUCGCGAGCGGGCCAAUCUGCGCAAGCGUCGUGUACGACUUCGACAGGGCGACUUCCAGAUCCUGACACAGGUUGGGCAGGGUGGCUACGGUCAAGUGUUCCUGGCCCAGAAGAAGGACACGAAGGAGGUGUGCGCACUGAAGGUUAUGAGCAAGAAGCUGUUGUUCAAGCUGGAUGAGGUGCGCCACGUCUUGACCGAGAGAGACAUCCUGACAACUGCCAAGAGCCAAUGGCUUGUCCGUCUGUUGUACUCGUUCCAGGAUGACAAGAAUAUUUACCUUGCAAUGGAAUACGUGCCGGGAGGCGACUUCCGCACUCUGUUGAACAACACCGGUGUCCUGUCCAACAGGCAUGCUCGAUUCUACAUUGCCGAGAUGUUCUGUUCCGUAGACGCUCUCCACCAGCUCGGCUACAUCCAUCGCGACCUGAAACCUGAGAACUUCCUUGUCGACUCGUCUGGCCACGUCAAGCUGACCGACUUCGGAUUGGCGGCUGGCAUGCUCGCGCCUGCAAAGAUCGAGUCAAUGCGGCUCCGUCUGGAGCAGGCGUCGGAGACCUCGGUGCCCUUUGGCAAGCCAAUGGACCAGAGAACCGUGGCAGAGCGAAGGGAUGGAUACCGGUCGAUGCGCAACAACGACGCGAAUUACGCCAAAUCUAUCGUCGGCUCUCCCGAUUACAUGGCCCCCGAGGUCCUCCGCGGGGAAGAGUACGACUUCACUGUCGACUACUGGAGCCUGGGCUGCAUGCUUUUUGAGGCCCUGACUGGCUUCCCGCCGUUUGCUGGAUCAAAUGCAGAUGAGACCUGGCGCAACCUGAAGCAUUGGAAGGAUGUUCUCAAGCGGCCUGUGUGGGAAGACCCCAACUACUUCCUGAGCAAUCGUACCUGGAGCUUCAUCACGACCUGCAUCAAUUCCCGGUCCAAGCGCUUCUCCAACGUGAAGGACAUAUAUGCCCACCAAUACUUCGCCGAGGUCAACUGGGAGACGCUGCGGGACACCAAGGCGCCUUUUGUGCCCGAGCUGGACUCUGAGACGGAUGCUGGCUACUUCGAUGACUUCACCAACGAAGCGGACAUGGCCAAGUACAAGGAGGUGCAUGAUAAGCAGUCGGCCUUGGAGAACAUGGCUGAUCGUGACGAUGACAUGGGCAAGUCGCUGUUUGUCGGAUUCACGUUCCGUCAUCGCAAGACCGAUGAGACCGGCGGCAGCUCAAGGAAACCGGUUACGGACAACACGUUCGGCACAAUGCUGUAG